AUAUUCACUUAACUGGCAAACUACAUAAAACAAUAUGUCCAUAUAUAAACAUAGCAAAAAAUCAUUAUUUUAUUACUACCAAUGUCUUUUUGUGAGCAGAAAAAGCAAAAGACAAACACAGGGAAGAGAGAGAAUAAUAAUAAGAAGAAAAAGUUAAAGUCUUGAUUGGUUCUCUGUGUGUGUAUUAUUUGGUGUAUUGUAUUUGUUAAAUUGAAAAAAAAUCAGUCUGUUUAGGCCAUCCCUAUCAAUUUAUUUUACAGCUUCACUUAUUACAACUCCAAAAGUUUCAAUCUUUGUCUCUUUAAUUGAUCUUUUCUUCAGUUAUUUGAUUUAGUCAAGCUGUUAGCUUUUUUGGGUUUUCAAGAAAGAUUUAAGAAAGUGACCCUUUUUAUGUUUUUAUGCUAAAGUUUUAAUCUUUUUCUCAAGAUUCAGUUUAAGUGAUCUUUUUUUCUCUUCUGGGUGUUUUUCAAUUUGUGGUAUUAGAUAUGACUGUGGAGGAAAUUAGAGGAAAUAUGCUAAAGUUUUAAUUUUUUUAUGGUUUUGUGCUAAAGUUUUAAUCUUUUUCUCAAGAUUCAGUUUAAGUGAUAUUUUUUAGCUUUUGGGUAUUUUUCAAUUUGGGGUUUUAAAGAUGACUGUGGAGGAAAGGGAGAAUAAUGAUAAUUUUCCUGUUGGUAUGAGAGUUCUUGCUGUUGAUGAUGACCCAAUUUGUUUGAAGUUAUUGGAUGGAUUGCUUAGGAAAUGCCAAUAUCAUGUAACUACAACAAGUCAGGCAAGAACGGCGUUGAAGAUGUUGAGGGAAAACCGAGAUAGAUUUGACUUGGUAAUCAGUGAUGUCCACAUGCCUGAUAUGGAUGGCUUUAAACUUCUGGAGCUUGUUGGUCUUGAGAUGGAUCUUCCCGUCAUAAUGUUGUCAGCAAACAGUGAUAGUAGACUUGUAAUGAAGGGAAUAACUCACGGUGCUUGUGACUAUUUGGUGAAACCUGUCCGGCUUGAGGAGCUGAAGAAUAUAUGGCAACAUGUAAUAAGAAAAAAGAAAGUUGAACCUAAGAACCACAUCAAGUCUGAUGAUCAAGACAAGGCAAAUCAAGGAGGCGGAGAAGGUGGCAAAGGACCGCAGCUUUCAGGUAAUUCAGAUCAAAACGGGAAGCUUAACAAGAAAAGGAAGGAUGAAGAAUAUGAAAGCGAUGAAAAUGGAAAUGACGAUGACGAUCCAACAACUCAGAAGAAACCUCGUGUUGUUUGGUCUAUAGAGCUUCAUAGGAAGUUUGUUGCAGCUGUUAAUCAGUUAGGCCUUGAAAAAGCUGUUCCUAAGAGGAUUCUCGACAUGAUGAAUGUUGAUGGACUUACAAGAGAGAAUGUGGCUAGCCAUCUUCAGAAGUAUAGGCUCUACUUGAAAAGGAUCAGCUCAGAAGCAACCCAGCAAGCCAACAUGGUUGCCGCAUUAGGUGGAAAAGAUUCUGCGUACAUGCGAAUGGGUUCACUUGACGGGCUUGGUGGUUUUCGAACAUUGGCUGGAUCCGGAAGGUAUGGUCAGGCCAGCUUAUCAUCAUCAUAUGCAUCAGGAGGUAUGCUCGGCAGGCUAAAUAGUCCUGCCGGUGUAAGCCUUCGCAGUCUGGCAUCAUCACCGCUGCUCCAACCUAAUCAUGGUCAAAGUUUAAGCAACUCCAUGAAUUCUUUUACGAAGUUGAAUCCAAAUGUUCCACCUGUAAGCCAGAAUGCUAGUUUAUUCCAUGGAAUUCCUGCAUCGUUGGAGCUUGAUCAAUUACAGCAGAGUAAACGUGCCAUACACAUGGGAGAACUGAAUCCUCUGGAUGAGCACGGACUGCUCACAGCGGCCAGUAGUACAUUCACGGACUCUAGAUCUGUGGUUGGUAACUCAAACAGCUCGUUGUCCAAUGUCUUAAAUAAUCCUAUAUUGCUUCAAGUGAACUCCCAGCAACCACUGACAGGGGGAGGAUUUGGAAAUCAACCUUCUCUCAACGUCGCUUCUUUUAGCUCUGAUGCCUUUAAUACUGGAGUAAGUGGUUCGUCCAAUUUUCUGGACCAUAGUAGAUAUACUGAGAAUUGCCAAAACUCUAUCCAGCCUGUGAAGUUCCAAUCAAGUUCUUUUCCUUUGACUGAACCUUUUAGUAACAGCCAUUUGCCUCAAGAUAGGGUAAGAGAGAAUAGCACUUCAGCCGGCCCUCAUUUGCAGAACAGCACCGUUGAUUUUUCUUCCUCGACCAUAGUAUCCCUACCUUUUGAAGCUUCAAGAGGAGAAACACAAUGCCUGGAAAGUUUAGGGGGUGGUGUUCAGAUAAUGAACCAAGUGCACUGCCAACGGUGGCCGGAUCAGAACCAACAUUAUUCCCAGAAUUCAAACCAUAUUUUUGGCAACAUGAGCUCUCAAGUUUCCAGCAAUGGUGGCGUGGCGUCUUUACCCCAUAGUAUGGACCAAAACAAUGAAGUGGUCUACAGAGGGGUAGACGUCUCUUUGAUUGGCAGAUCAAAUGGAGGUUCUUCGGCACUCAUACAACAUAGUCCCGACUCGAGGAUGAGGACUAAUGAAGACUAUCUCUUGGAGACAACAAAGCAACAAGUUGGUUUUCUUCCUCAGGGCUAUGGCUCCCUUGAUGAUCUUAUGAGUGCAAUGAAGCGGGAGCAACAAGAUGGAGCCAUGUUAGAAGGGGGAGAAUUUGGAUUUGAUGCUUAUUCUUUUGGGUCAGGUUUAUGAGGUUUUGUAACUAUCAUUUUAGGAAGAGGAUUUUAGGAAUGUAGCAUGGUUUAUUUGCUCGUUUAGGAUUCUGUAACAUUAUGCCUACAAGAACUACCAGUGCACCCCUGCCUUCUUUUUCAUUGUUCAUUUCCAAUCCAGGAACGAGGUAUUGAUCGUAGAAUAUACUUAAAUGCUUUCUUGUUGCUUCUAAAGGGCCAGUUCUGUGAGUUCCAACGGACCAUUUGCUUUAGACUCAAGUAAUGUAUAUAUAUGCGGGAAAAAAGUGUAUGCAUAUAAUAAGAUUGCACUCAUUUUGAAUUCA